AUGGUGUCCUUCUAUGGGCUGCUGGGUGUGACGUCCGAGGCCACGGGGGAGGAGAUCAAAUUGGCCUUCAAGCGACGUGCCUUGCAGGUCCAUCCGGACAAAGGUGGGAGCAAGGAGGCCUUUCAUUUGGUCUACCAAGCCUUUGAGACCUUGGCGGAUCCCGAAGCAAGGAAGCACUACGACACUCAGAGAGCAACCAGCACUGGGUCGGCACCGAAGCAGAAGGCGAAGCCAAAGAAGAAGCCGGCACAGCCUCAAGAGAAGCGUCAAGCAACACCAAAGCCAGAGCACACAAGUCAGGCGUCAAGCGCUUCGAAGCCAUCCGCGAAUGCAUCGAAGGUGUUUUCGCAUGACAAGCUGCUGACGAAGCUCUACGAACUCAUGAAGGGAUUGACAAGGGAGGCCCGCAGUGACAUCAUCCAAAAGGAGUUCACGCAGAAGCAGCGUGUGCUUUUUGAGAAGUGGAUUGUGACUCAGCGUGAAGCGGAGAGUGAGCGAGAAACUGAGCAAGCAGCUUCCAAGGCGCAGUCUUCAAAUGACGAUCCAAAAGAGGCAGCUGACAGAUCCACCACAGCAUCCGCGGCCGCCGAUGAUGCACCUUGCAUGACUGUAAGCUUGGUUCCUGCACAGGCCAAGCAGAGGUUUCAGAAGAAGACCAAGAGGAAACAUUAUUCAGAGAUGAAGGGGAUGUUCAGAAGUGGUACUGAGUACCAGGCUAAGGUGGGUUUUGACUCGCUUCGAAUCUACACCAGGAACUGCGAUUUGUCAACAGCCGUUGAGUUCUUGAUCAUCCUGACAUCAGUGAAGCAGAGAAUGCAAGGUGCCUCGAAUGAUGCGGAUGCGGAAGACGCCUUCUUCGGACGUCGACUUCAGGAAGCACUGGAGCGAUCUCUGGCUGAGUACGGCAGGAGCUACGAAGACCUUAGCCCCCGCUUUUUCCUGCAACAAAGUAUUGGCAUUUUUCUUGGCCCAGAGACCAUCAAGUCCCCUACCGUUCGCUCAGCCCAAGAAGUUGCCAAGCUCCGCAAUCUCAUGGCGCCAUUUCGCGAGUUGGUGCUGAAGCCGGGCGCGAAAAAAGGAGCCAUUUUCGUGCGCUACAGCCCUGGUGACCUUGAUGAUGUGUGGAUUCGUCUUCAAGCUGUUGUCAAAGAGAUGUGGGAAAACACUGGAAAAGGUCGCAGCGCAGCGCCGUUGCGGAGAAUGCGCGCUUUGUACACUUCUCACGCACCUGUGAGAAGCAGACACUUGCAGCAUUGGGAGCGACAGCGUAUGGCUAUGCAAGACCAGAAAUUCCAUGUGAGGAGGCUGCUUCUCCAAUGGCGAAAUGCUUUAGCGCGAAAUGCUUUUGCGAAGCAACAGGUCUUGAGUCGGAAGCGCAUGAGGGAGGAGCAGCAGGCUGAACGUUUGAGGAGGGAAGCUUUGCGGAAGAGGAUGAGGUCUGACCUCACGAUGGAUGAGAUCCUGGGAGCGAAGCCAUGA